AUGGCACCCCGCGCUUUCCUCGCAGCUUACAAGAUCUUCUGGGGCAACUCUGUCACAGGCGGCGGGAUCACUGCCACGUAUGCUGACGUGGAGGCAGCUGUCAACGCGGCUGUCGCUGACGGGGUUGACGUCAUCUCGCUCUCCCUGGGUGGCGCAGACCCCAGUGCCACAUAUUUUAGCGAUCAGACAUAUUUAUACGCAAAUCUGGCCGGCACGGUGGUGGUUUAUGCAGCGGGGAACUCUGGCCCGCCUCCCUUGAAUCCUUCAAUGUAUCGCAGCAUCUCCAACUUCUCGCCGUUCUACCUCACUGUUGGCGCCAGCACCAUCGCUCGCAGCUAUGUGUCAGCAGCCACGCUGGGCGACGGGCGGGUCGUGAAGCUGUACGGGUUUGGCUCAGGGAACGUGCCGGUGCAGAAAUUGGGGCUGGUGGAGGGGAGUGCAGCGCGGGCAGCUGGGAAGACUGAGAUCGAGGGUCAGUAUUGUGCAGAAGACUCACUAGAUGCCAGCAAGAUAACCGGAAAAAUAGUGCUGUGCUCGUACGGGUGGACCAGCGCCAGCAUCAAGGCAGCAGAGGUCGCUGCCAAGGGCGGCAGCGCAGUGAUUGUGGUGGAUGUGCCAGCAGCAGCAAGAGCGUACCCUAUUUAUACGUCUCGGCUGCCAGUCAUGGGAGCCGAGCCGAGCGAGACGGGUGUUUUGCGCACGUACACCCGCACCGCUGUCAGCCCGACUGCAUCCUUCGCCUACACCUUCAAAACGGACGUAACCUGCGAUCAAGCCCCGGAAAUCGCGUAUUUCUCCUCUACCGGUCCGCUCGUCAACCCCGCUACUGCAGCCACGCUCUCCUUCCCCACCAACGAUAUCUUAAAGCCCGAUAUAAUCGGCCCCGGCGUUUCCCUAUGGGCCGCUGCGCCGUCGUCGUCCCUCGCAUCGGCUUCUACCCCCCGCGUACGCCAUGCUUAG